AUGCGGCGGUUGCUGUUGGCGCUGGCCUGGCUCGGUGCGACCCUUCCCGCAGGGGCGGCGGCGGAGCAGAGCGCGGGCGGCCCCGAGCCGGUGCGGUACCGCACGGCUGAGAUGGCGGACGCGAUGCUGGGCAGCGAGGCCCUGGCCGAGCAGCCCGUGCUGCUGUCGGCGGUGCCGGCCGAGGCGAGCGGCGGCCCGGCGGCGGCUUGCGAUGGGGCAGCCGCGGGCGAUGCAUGCGGGCUGGCGGGGAGCGGCCCCGCGGCCGCCCAGGCUCGGGAGCAGCCCGUGCUGGAGCCCGUGCUGCCCGCGCCCGCUGAGGAGCAGAACGGCACCGACAGCGCCAAGGCUCCCAAGGUGAACUGCGAGGAAAGGAACAUGACGGGCAUCGACCGCUUCACGCUGCAGAUCCUGAAUGUGUCCCAGGACCUGAUGGAGUUCCUGAACCCAAACAGCAGUGACUGUACAUUGGUCCUGUUCUAUACACCGUGGUGCCGCUUUUCUGCCAGCCUGGCACCUCAUUUUAACUCUUUGCCCCGAGCAUUUCCAACUCUUCGCUUCCUGGCACUGGAUGCAUCCCAGCACAGCAGUUUAUCAACUAGAUUUGGAACUGUGGCUGUACCAAAUAUCCUCCUUUUCCAAGGUGCUAAACCUAUGGCUAGAUUUAAUCAUACAGACAGAACACUGGAAACCCUGAAAGACUUCAUCUUUAACCAGACAGGGAUAGAAGCUAAAAGCGAUGUGGCUGUGACAGAGGAAGACUGGGAAGGGCCCCUGCCAAGUGUUCUGACGAAGGGCAUAGACUGGCUGCUCCUGUUCUCUGUGCUCUUCCUGACUGGCUUUGUCAUGUACGCCACCAUUCGCACUGAGAGCAUCCGGUGGCUCAUCCCAGGACAAGAGCACGAACAUCAGGAAUAAUCUCAGAUGUUCAAACAGGGACAGAAUUUUCUAUAUAUUGGUAAAGUGGGAAUUUCUAAGGACUAGAAGUACCUAAGAAUGAAAUGUUGAAUUUGUUGGCUGUAAUUUAUAAUAAUGACUAAAAAUUGUCUUUAUUUAUCAGCUACUGAAUCUGUGACAAGCACAUUUGUGGUAAGUAAACAAAUAUGAAAAAACAUGAACUAAAGUAUUUAUUAAGCUGCUCGGAUUGGCUUUUUUAUGGAAUUUGAUGUAAUUCAUGGUACAGUUCUAAUUUGUAGAUCAGGGAAGAUUUUUACAGCACAUUGGUCUGUACAUGCUGCGUACACACUUGCGUGGCACUGCAAGGCACUGGUGAAGGGAGGUUUUGGUACAUUACUUUCACUGUCCAUAAAAUAAACUAUGAAGAUAUUUUAAAUUAUUUCUCACUCCCAUGGAGGUGACUGUUCCCACCUCUGGCAUUGGAGUUCAGUGCUGGUUUUCUCAUUUGCUUUGCUCUGAGUUUUGACUUAACAGCAAUUCUUUAUGAGAUUUAGAGUCACUUCCCAAGCUCACCUCACUAUUCCUUUGUGUGUAUAUAAAUUAUUUACCACAUUUCUGUUGGAUGAAAUUGUAUUAAUUGUCCUUUAUAAAAAAAUAAAUCAGGUUUUCAGUGUAACCUGCCUAAAUUAGCAAGACCAGUCUUAAUGUUUAUUUAAAUUUCUAGUACCAUGUUUUCUAGUUCCACACUCUCCACUUGAGGCCACAUAAAGAAUUCACGGCUUUUUUUAAAGUUAUAAUUGCUAUGGAGUGCUUUGGCUAAGGUAUGGACUGGUAUGUUGUGUGGGGUUUGAAUUAUAUGAUUGCAUGGCAUUUAUCAUGGUGGAGGCUUGCCAGAGUACACUAAUAGGGUGCUUUAGAGAGCAAAUUAAACUAAGAUAAAACAGUGUUAAGACUUAUUGUUUGACAGACAGCUCAUAUCCCUGCAACGUAAUUCUUCACGUAUUUCCCUGCUGGCUCUAUCUUUUCCUCUGGAAACCAGAGGUCGUGUAUAUCUGUGUCCAAAAAGGAAGCUGCACUGGUAAAACUUUGGUGUGACUGAAGAUAAAGCUAGGAUGGAUAUUAUUAAUAAAGAUUGUGAACGAUAAA